UGUUUUUUGUGCUUAAAUAAUGAACACAACCCUGUUUGUCCUUGUAGUGCCACCCUCAGUCACUGGCAACUGUGAUCAGGAGAACUUCCACAUCACUGUGGACUACAGGAACCAAGAGCCCUUUUUUGUGGUCUUGGUUGGCAAGCGGCUGCUUAACCAUGAGUUUGCUCAACAGUAUUUAACAGAGGGCGACACAGACUUCACCAUCACGUUGCCCUUCUCUUCGCCGGACGCAGUGUUUGAGUCGGUUCACUCGUCCUCUGUCAGGAGCAGACUGGAUGUGGCUCUGUUGAAUCCUUACAACAACAUGACCAUCAAAUACUUUUCCCUGGCUUGCAGCUUCCUCAAAACGCUGACUGAGUGUUUCUCUAACGGAACGAUGACUGCGCUGGCAGUGAAGGUGGAGUCUGCUCCCGGUCUGAACCCCGGUCAGCUGACCCUGAGCGACCCCGCCUGUGGUCCCACCUACAGUGACGAUCGCUUCGCCUACUUCCACUUCACUGUGAACUCCUGUGGCACCACCAGGAAGUUUAUCAACAAUGUCAUGCUGUAUGAGAACGAAAUCUCCUUGCCAGAUGAACUUGAGGUGAAGCUGAAUGCCACGACGUCUUCAGAGGAGGAAUAUCAGUUAAAGGUUUCCUGCUACUAUGUGGCCAACAUCACUCGCACAUUGGCCUUUCUGACCAGGCCGCGUGACAACGAGCCUUUUGCCGAGACUGGGACUGGUCGACUAAUGGUCAGAAUGAGACUCGCUCAGGACGCCUCGUAUAACACGUUCCACCAGGAGGAGGACUAUCCAGUGGUGAGGUACCUUAGACAGCCUCUGCACUUUGAGGUGGAGCUGACCACGUCCUCUGAUCCCAAGGUAGCGCUGGUGCUUGACCACUGCUGGGCCACCCUCAACGAGGACCGCGACUCCCGACCCCGGUGGAAUCUCAUCAUUAAUGGCUGUGAGAACCCCGAGGAUCCAUACCGUGUGGUCUUCCACCCGGUAGAAGCUGACGCCAGGGUCCACUUCCCCCCUCACGUCAAACGCUUUGAGGCCUAUAUGUUUUCCAUCGCCGAUGAUGCGGUUGAGCCGAGUGGCCAGGUCUUUGUCCAUUGUGAUGUGGUCAUCUGUGAUGCCAGUAGUCCCACUGGCGGCCCCUGUAGUGGACAAUGUGUGAAUCAGGACAACCUGAAAAGAGGUCAACGACAUGUCAAAGACCUCUUUGAGGAGCGUCAUGUAUAUGUUUCUUCUGGAUACAUUCUUUGGGUGUAAUGUAUUGUUCUAACAUGACAAAUAAAGUGUUCUAUAUAAAACAAUCCUAA